UUUUUUAAUGUAUAACAAAAUAGAUCUAAAUCUAGGUCUCGAUAGAAUGCAAAAGAAAAUGUUGCAAGCCAUAAAUGAUGAAAAAUAUUAUAGUUAUACAAGUACCGUCUGUUAAAAUUAUUUGACUCAAGACGAAACUGCAGAUAUGAACACUGCUUGGUUAAACACUCAUGCAACUAAAUGAAACAAAGGAUGGAAAGAUGUCUGCUUGAUGCUACAGACACAGGAGACUUUUCAAAAGUUCUAAACUGUCUUCGAAUUGGCACUAACCCUGAUGUCACAGACUGUAAUGGCUAUACACCUCUAAUGAAAGCAUCUUUAAAAGGCUUUGAUUCUAUUGUCAUAGCACUGCUGCAGAAUAAAUGUCAAGCUAAUAUUUCAAACAACAACGGCAUAACAGCAUUAAUGUGUGCUGCAUGGGCAGGAAGACUCAGUAUUGUGCGGUUACUUCUUGAUCACAACUGUUUUGUGAACCAGAGGACCGAAAACGGUUUCACAGCUCUGUUGUUGGCUGCCAAAUGUGGCCACUAUGAGGUUGUCAGAAUAUUGUGCCAGAAUAAAGCAGACAUCAAUGCUGUGACACAAUCUGGCAUGAAUGCGCUUUUCUUUGCAGCUAGCAGUGGACACUGUGGCAUGAUAGAAUACUUUCUUGGACAUCACUUUGAUGUCAAUGCAAAAAGGAACGAUGGCAAAACAUCCUUGAUGACUGCGGCUUGUAACAAUAAAUGUCGGGCAGUUGAGCUACUGUGUAAAAAUUCUGCAGACGUGAAUGCUGGCAGUAAGUUUGGAAUGACAGCGCUGAUGUGUGCUUCAGGCAAAGGUCACUGCAAAGUUGUGUCACUUCUUAUACAGUAUAGUUGUGAUGUGAAUCAAAAAGAUGCGAACGGAAAGAGUGCUGUGAUGUAUGUAGCUAUAAAUGGUAACCUUGACAUUUUCAAGUUACUCUUGCGUAACAAUGCCGAUAUUAAUGCAUUUGAUAAUCAUGGGAAAACAGUUUUAAUGUUUGCUGCUGAAGUUGGUAAUAUGAAAAUAGUUAAGUAUUUGCUAAAGAAUUCAUGUGCUGUGGAUACGCAAGACCAGGAAGGUUGGUCAGCACUAUUGUAUGCAGCCAAAUCAAAGCAAAAUGAUGUCAUCCAAGUUUUAGGCAAAGAAAAAAAAAGACUGAACUUGACUAGUCAUUCUGGGCAAAGUGUCUUGAUGAUAGCUGCCCUUGAAGGGUAUGUGACAACAGCUCAGAUCUUAAUAGACCUUGGGUGCAACAUCAAUGCUUGUGAUGUGGAUGGUGUCACUGCGGUUAUGUUUGCAUCAUUUGCAGGGAAGUCUGAAGUUGUGGAAGUAUUAUGCAAUCAUGGUGCUGAUGUCAACCUUGUCAGCAAGCAUGGCUGGACGGCUUUAAUGUUUGCAGCUUUGUUUGGACACCAAAAGACAGUUGACCUACUUUUGUCCCACAAAGCAGACGCUCAUGCUAAAAAUGACAUAGAGUUCACUUCCCUUAUAUGGGCAGCUGCAUUUGGACAUUUGACCAUAGUUCAAGCCAUUCACAAAAACGGAGGGAACAUACAGUCAAAAGAUAUAAAUGGGUGCUCUGUUCUGAUGUGGGCAGCAGAAAAUGGACAUUUAGAUACAGUUCAAUAUCUACUUCAGAAUAAAUGUGAUAUUGACUCCCAAGAUAAAUAUGGCUGCACUGCAGUCAUGAGGGCAGCAAGAAAAGGGCAUUUGGCAGUUGUUCAGAUUUUAUGCCAGAGUGGGGCAGAUAUCAACAAAUGUAGCACAAAUGGCAGCACUGCUUUCAGCCUUGCAUUAAAAGGAGGCCAUGACAGAACUAAAGAGUUCCUCCUUCAAACUAUCAUUGAGCGGGGAACACGUGGAACUGUGCCUUUAAACACAUCUUCUGGAGAGGAUUCUAAUAGAAAUGUCAACACAGCUCAAGAACACUCAUUAGAAGAUAUCAGCUCAACUCCAAAGGCAGGUCCUAUUCCUCCUGCUCCUAUGGCACAGCAUUCACAAGCCAGUGAAGAGACUAGGGCUGGAAGAACCCUCCCUACACCACCACCUUUCCCCCAGCCACCGUCCAGUGAAAACUUUGAUUACAAUAACUUUAUUGACUACAUGAAAACUUGUGCUGACCACUAUAUGAGGACACACCCCAGGCCACCUAGACCAAUCAGGAUUUCAGUGGAUGGUGAGCCUAACGAUGAAGUAGAUUGCCAGCCACCUUUAAACAUUUCUUUAAACUUUACCAACCUCACUGCUCAGAAUGUCAAUAUACAGAAAGCCACUUAUGUCCUAACUGGCGACAAUGGCAGAAUAGUUGAAAGAGAAGAAAGUUCAACGCAGGCAUCAGUUGUUGGCGUUGUUGGAGAAUAUGAUGAUGAUGAAGGGGAAGAUAACUUUACUAUAUGCACUGACGGCAGGAAUAUCAACCUUCCAGACAUAGAGACUGAUGGUGACCACAUGCUCCCAGGGACUUCCUCUGUCAGUCAUGAGACAGAAAGUUGCAAGAAGGCACCUAAAGUGAAAAGAGAUAUCACUGCUUCAUUGAAGUCUAAUUCCUUUAAUAAACAAGCAAACAUGGAAGUAAACAUGUGUGGACAGGCAAGUAAGAAAGACUUAGAAAUCACGAAUGCACUAGAGAAAGUGUCUAUAGAAGAGAAAGAUGGAAGCCAAGAACUUUCAACUAUUAAGUUUGAUAGAAAGAGAAGAAAGCAUGAAAUGUAUUCUUUGCCUAGAAAAUUAACAAAAAGGUAAGAGAGGAAAAUCUAUAGGUGUAAAAAAUGUUUUUCUUAAGUGCAAUGAAUUUCUUGUAGUUUUCUUUUUUUAUCUUGGUUUCUUUAAAAAGCCUUAAACACUUCCAUUGUCCCAGAUGUAGUCAAAGUUGUACUUUUAAAUGGAAAUACAAUUAUGAGAGCCAGCCAUCUUGUCAAUCAUUUAACCACAGUUUGUAUGAGUCUAUAAAGUUAGAUGAUGCCUUGAUUGGAACUCAAUAUUUUUUUUAUUUUCAAGCUAAGCUACACUGACAUCACAUUCCAUGAAGUAAGAAUAUCUGAGCUCCGUGGCUGGAUUUUCAUUGCACUCAUUGUAUAAUACAUUACAAUGAAUGGUUUAAAUAUUGAAACUAAGUCUUAUUUUUUUUACUUUAAACUUGAUUAGCAAUAGUUUCUUAUUGUAUGAUACAAAAUUGUUAUUUAAAAUGUGAUCUUAUCAGUCUCAAUUAUUUCAAUCUUAGAAUAAUAGAUUAAUAUUUUGAAUGAUGGACUUUUUUUUAUUGUUAUUUGAAUAUCCAAUAUAAUGAACUAAUUGAUGUAGUUCUGUGAAAUGUGAUACAAAUGUUCUUUUUGCAUUAUUAAUGAGCUAAAAUUUAUAUUUAGUGACAUCAUUUUAAAAUAUAAUUUAAGGUAUUUAAAUAAUUAUAAUUUAAAUAAUUAUAAAUUCAUAGGGAAUUUAAUAAACUUUAUUACAGAAUCAUUUUACAUAUUGAUAUUUUAGUCCCAGUUCAUUAAAAAUAUAUUAUAUAUUUGUGUAUUAGCAUUCUUUAAAUUUGAAAUAAAAUUAAAAAAUUAAAGCAAAAUAUUAUUUUGAAAAAAUAAUAAUUCAAUUUUUUUUUCUAGCUCUUUAAAUUAAAAAAGGUCUAAUAAGGACUUUAUGAUAGGGGGCCAGAAGGCUUUUUCUAUAACUGAAUUGUUUUUUUCUGAACUCAAAGUUCUAGAUUGACAUGUCUUGCUCUUUUACAAGUUCCAUACAUUCUGUCUUUGGCCAAAGUAUAUUAAUAUUUAUUACCUGAGUAAUAAUAAAUAUAUAAUAUUUACCAGACAUUCUCUGCAUAUCCUUAAACAUCCAUCCAUUCUCAAGCUCUCAGCUUAAUAUCUUGCUGUUAACUUGACCACCAGUAGCAAGGCUGGAUUUUCUGGGAGAUUUUAGUGUGUGCACUGACCUUUGAUUGGUUUUGUCUGAUUCAUGUGUGCUGUCAUGUUCAGAGGUUGCAUUUUCAACUGGCUCUGGUGGCUUUGUUGGCAUGGUAACUGAUGCAGCAUUAGGCUUCAUCAGUAAAAUAAAAUAUUCAAUUUGUGCUUUAGAGUCUUUACUGAUUUGUAUUCUGUUUUAUCUUUCUAUAAUUAAGAUUUAUGUGUAUGUAUCCUGUUAACAUUUGUUGCUAAAUGAUAGAUUAUUUUUAUUUGGUAGUUUUGCAGACAAAGAGUUUUUGGUUAGUCAACAUAAAAAUGUGUUGUUCUUCUAAAUUAAGUUUUUACAUAAUGUAUAAAUGUUAGGAAAUGUUAUUGUGCACUUAUAAUACAUCCUGGCAGCUACACCUUAUCACAUUUAGACUUGACAGUUGUACAUUGUUCCUUCAGAAACAAAGAUUUAUUUAUAAGUUGUAGCCCAAACAGGGCUGCAGAUGACUGCUGGCAGGGUUUGAAAGUAGGACCACUGUGAUGACAAUCUAAUGAACUUACCACUUGGCCAGGCAGCCAUCCACUUUGUGUAUCUUUCAAUUGUCUUUUGGUGUCUGUUUAUACCUUUUAUGUUCAUGUGUAAGUCUUUAUUUACUCUAAUGUAUUAAAAAACAAACAAAACAGGAAAACCAAUGUCUUAGAAGAAUAACAUGCAUAACUAGAUUAAAACAUGGAUAUGCAUAGAGCAUAAUUAACUUGGGAGUACCUCCCAACUCUUUCCUGCCUACUUGAUCCAACAUGCAGUGUCAUCAUGUGGGUUUUCCUUCUAUAUUUCUCUGUUUACUUAUCUCCCACAUUGGGGUGUUUUCCAUUUUAUACCACAGAGUUUCAGCCAAAUAGUCAGUCAUGAACAUGUAAUGAUCUUUAUUACUUGAAAUAGGAAAUCAUUGUUACCAAUGUUUGACUUACGGGAACAAGGAUUUUCUUUUUAACUUUUACUGCCUUUAGUAAAAUUUCUAUCUUCAGCUGGCCAAGGUGCUCAUGUGCAAAUUGCACAAAAUUUCUUCAUUUCUAUGUUCAAGGCCUAUCCACUUCUUAGUUCUAAUAUCUAAUCUCUAUUAAAUAAAAUGUUCUAUUGUAUCUUUCUUAACUCAUUGUCAUUUGUAUUCACAAAAUAUUUCACAUUUAUUUAUUUUCUAACGGCUCAGAAUGUUGCAUAACACUUUUCGUUCCUAAAAAUGAUUUAAAAAAUUAGGUUUUUCUUAAGCACUAGUGUCCAGAACAGCACUCUUAAAAAUCUGCUUUGUUAGCUACCAGUAUUUUAUCCAACCAAAAUAUGUAAUAUGGCCAUAUCUGACCAAUCCUAUACAAAAGCUUCUUUCCACUUUGCAUAUUGAAGCCAGGCAGAUUCAAUUCCAUCUGAUUCAACAAUUAUUUGCCAUAUUGGGGCCGUAAACAAUGACAAUGGAGAUUGUGACAUGUGCAUCAGAAAUAUCUAUGGUCCCCUGAUGUAGGUAUAUUUCAGAGAAAAUAAUAAUAGCAAAUAGUGAUCAUUCUAUUGCAAAUCACAAAGAAAUUAUUACAAGAGUGACAAAUUGUGGUGGGUAUAGUGUAAACAUUUGAUUCAAUGUGGCUUUCACUUUAAGUGGAAGGAACUUUUAGAACUAUUUUUGUUAUAGAAAUCUUUUAUGUAAUCAUUCCUAGGUUUGUAUUUAAAGAUCUCCUCAUUUGGAUUUUGAACUGUGAAUUAUAUCAUGUUGUUAUUUAAUAACAGUUUGUUUGUUUUUUACAUGGUAAUCAUUAAUUCCUUAAAAUUAAAAAGACACACAUGUUGCUUUUAUUUUUGACCAACCACAGAUGUUCAUUUUUAGAUUUUUACUGCCAGGCAGCAGGUGUACAGGGAUUUUAAUGUAUAUAGUUUACAAACAGUCAGUUUCUGUUGUAUAUUGUUAUGCAAUGAGUGUAGUAAGUCAUGUAUUUUGUGCUAAGAACUCCAUUUGAGAAGAUAUAUUGCAUAUUUUUUAUAAUUUAAAAAAAAAAUCAAUAUCCAAUUGUGCAUUUGUAGCCUGUUUGUUGAAACAUUUUACACUUGCAGUUAAAUUUGGCUAAGUUUCUUUAAUUAUCAGAAAAAAAAUAAAUAAUAUGAUUAUGUUUUGUUUAGGGCUGAAUUAAAUCAAUAUUACUG